AUGGAUCCUUUAAAGUACCUACUUGAAGUAUCGGUGCUAGUUGGAAAAUUGGCCAAAUGGUUGAUCCUACUGUCUGAAUUUGAUAUUGUGUAUGAGACUCGAAAAACCAUCAAAGGGCGUGUAGUGGCCGAAUUUCUUUUUGAAAAUCCAGUUAAUGAGGAGGAAGAAGUCGAAAGAGCCUUCCUGGAUGAGAGUCUCAAGCUAUUAGAGGUCCAGCCAUGGAAAAUGUACUUUGAUGGGGCCAUGAAUAAGAGAGAAGCCAGUAUAGGGGUAGUUUUGGAAGAAAUAAAUAGAGAACAAUUGUUAAUGUCAAAAAGGCUAUGUUUCCCAGCCACUAAUAAUAUUGCAAAAUAUGAGGCUUGCAUUUGUGGCCUAGAGGCAUUAAUAGCUGUUGGGGCUAAAAAAGUGGAGGUGUUCGGAGAUUCAAUGCUAGUGGUUUCCCAUGUUAAAGGUGAAGGGGAAUUGAAAGAAGAAAAGUUGAGGCCAUGCCUAGAGUAUGCUAAGAAACUACUAUUUAGCUUUGAGGAAGUGACUGUGAAGCACAUGCCUAGAACUCAGAACCAGAUGGCUGAUGCUCUAGCCAUGUUGGCAUCCUUAUGGGAGAAGAGCGAUCAGAAGCUGACCCAGCCAGUUAUCCUGAUGAGGAGUAGAAUCCCAUGCUAUGAAGGGUUAAUAAUAGCACAUUUAGAUCUAAAAGAUGAGAUGAAAUGGUAUGAGGACAUAAAAAGAUAUUUAGAAGUAAGAGAAUACCCACAGUCAGCUAAUAAUAGGGAUAGAGCUACAAUCCGUAGAUUAGCCACUCAGUUCACUUUGGCUGAGGGGCAACUCUAUAAAAGAUUCUUUGAAGGACUAUUGCUCUUGUGUGAUAAAAAAGUAGUCUGA